AUGACGAAUUGGUCUAGUCUCAGAGGCCAUAGGGAUAUCGUUAUGAUACCCACACCUGGAGCGCCAAAUGGUGCUGAUGGACAACCAUCGACCGAUCAUUAUCAGGUGAAUUCCUCAAGCUCGAUGGUGAAGGAAAAACACUGGGAUCUGCUAAGGAACUGUCCAGAAGUUAAAUCCAUCAUCAAUCAAAUUGAAGAGAAAUGGCCACUGCUAUCUGAUCUCAAAAAAAUUAAGGAGAAAAGGAGUGAAAUCCUAACCGAGUUCAAGGCAGGCCGUUUAAAAGAGGAUGGGGCGAUGCAGGAAUUGCUCGAACUAAAGGAGAGGCUCAGUCAUGUAGAUGGACAACUACAGGAGUUGCACAAAGCAAACAACCUUGAGGUAAGCACAGUAACAAUAUAAUUACUAAGUUCGAUUUAACUUGGUUUUUCAGGAGUCGAACAAAGUAAAGAAACUUGAGGCAAUGUUCCUUAAAAAUGAG